AUUGAUCACUCAACUCUUGUUUUUAUAGUCUGAAAUUUGAGUGGAAUCUUUGUUACACAUCAGAAAACUAGAAAUAAGUAUGCCAGAAUCCCACAGCGAUUCACCUGAGCGUAAAAGACGUAGGAAGAGAUCUAAAUCUCUAGAAAACUCGAAGGGGACUGAUUUUGUAGAUGAGAAAAAUCGAAAAUCAAAACAUGAUAGCAAGAGAGAGCGGAAGUCUAGAUCAAAAUCCCCUGACAGGUCUCAUAAAAGUAGGAAAUCUAGAUAUGAUGAGGAUGAAGAUAAUCCAGAUACCCAUCCUAGGUAUUAUGGAGAAGAUCGUCCCAACAGUGACAGCUAUUGGAAUAAAUAUCCUCGGAAAGACACUACAAAAGUUGGUCAGAGAUAUUAUGAUGGUGGAAAAGUUCUACCUAAGGAGAGAAAAAAAGAAGGAGGUGGUAGCUAUUCCAGGAUGGCUGAGAAAGAAAAAGAGGAUAAAUCUGUAGUAAAACCAAGGGAGAGGAAAACAGUAGAUUUGCUAACUUCCAAAACUGGAGGUGCUUACAUUCCACCAGCCAAACUGCGCAUGAUGCAAGAAAAUAUUACUGAUAAAUCAUCUGCUGCAUACCAAAGAAUAGCUUGGGAGGCUCUCAAGAAAUCAAUUCAUGGAUAUAUCAACAAGAUUAACACCUCUAAUAUUGGUAUUAUAUCUAGGGAACUACUACAUGAGAACAUUGUUAGAGGUAGAGGUCUACUUUGCAAAUCCAUAAUUCAGGCUCAAGCAGCUUCACCUACUUUUACAAAUGUUUAUGCAGCUCUAGUUGCUGUCAUCAACUCAAAAUUUCCUAAUAUAGGUGAACUUCUGUUGAAAAGAUUAGUACUCCAGUUCAAAAGAGGUUUCAAGCAGAACAAUAAGAGUAUUUGUAUAUCAGCUACAACAUUUGUUGCUCAUUUAGUUAACCAGAGAGUUGCACAUGAAAUUUUAUCAUUAGAAAUACUAACCCUGCUUGUUGAAAAUCCAACUGAUGAUUCUGUUGAAGUAGCUAUUUCUUUUUUGAAAGAAUGUGGGCAGAAACUUUCUGAAGUUUCUAACAAAGGAAUAACAGCAAUAUUUGAAAUGUUGAGAAAUAUUCUACAUGAGGGUCAGUUGGAAAAGAGGAUACAGUAUAUGAUUGAAGUUAUGUUUCAAAUAAGGAAGGAUGGAUUUAAAGAUCAUGCAGCUAUAAUAGAAGAGCUAGAUAUAGUUGAAGAAGAGGAUCAGUUUACCCAUUUGAUUACUUUAGAUGAUGUAAAACAAGCUAAUUCUGAGGAUAUUCUCAAUGUAUUCAAGUUUGACGACAAUUAUGAAGAAAAUGAGGGAAAAUAUAAAACCCUCAGUAGAGAGAUUCUUGGUAGUGACAGUGAAUCAGGAUCAGGCUCUGAGGGUGAAGAUGAAUCUGACGAGGAAGAUGAAGAAGAUGAUGCCAAAGAAGAAGCAAAAAUAAUUGAUAAUACUGAAACUAAUUUGAUAGUUCUCAGAAGAACAAUAUAUUUGACCAUUCAGUCUAGUCUUGACUUUGAAGAAUGUGCACAUAAGCUAUUAAGGAUGGAGUUGAAACCGGGACAAGAAAUUGAACUAUGUCAUAUGUUUCUGGAUUGCUGUGCUGAACAACGUACAUAUGAAAAGUUUUAUGGUUUACUAGCUCAGAGGUUCUGCCAAAUCAACAAAACAUAUGUGGAACCAUUUCAACAAAUUUUCAAAGAUACCUAUGCUACUACCCAUAGAUUAGAUGCAAACAGACUGAGAAAUGUCAGUAAAUUUUUUGCACAUUUACUCUUUACCGAUGCCAUAAGUUGGGAAGUAUUGGAAAUUAUGAAACUCAAUGAAGAAGAUACAAAUAGUUCAAGUCGAAUUUUUAUCAAGAUAUUGUUUCAAGAACUUGCCGAAUACAUGGGACUUGGUAAACUGAAUGCUAGACUUAAAGAUGAGAGCCUACAUGAAUUUUUCUCAGGGUUGUUUCCACGAGACAACCCCAAAAACACCAGAUUUUCAAUAAAUUUUUUCACAUCAAUUGGUCUGGGUGGUUUAACAGAUGAACUACGGGAACACUUGAAAAAUAUUCCUAAAAACAUGGAACUAAAUUUGGCAAUUGGCAAACAGAGCAGUAGCAGCAGCGACGAAAGUAGCAGCAGUGACAGCGACAGCUCAAUUUCAGGCCCAGAUAGUUCAGAGGAUGAGAAGCAUAGAAAGCAGAAGAAAAUCACCAAUAGAAAACCCAAGAGCAGUAGCAAGAAAAACAAGGAUUCUUCUUCUGAAGAAGAAGUAGAUGAAAGACGCCAUAAAAAAAUUCCAAGCAGCAGGUCACUCGAUGAGGGUCACAAAAAAUCUUCAAGGAAAAAUGAUGAUGAAAGAGAAGGAGGAAGAAAAAAAGAUUACCAGUGGGUUAAGAGUAGGUAUGAGGACAAUAUUCAUCAGUUGCAAAAUGAGAAAAAGACGUUUGAAAAGUAUUCAUCAAGAAGGCGGUCACAUUCAAGAGAAAGAGUUAGAAUCAAGGAAGAGAAGGAUAAGAGGUAUAGAAAUAGGGAAGAUAAAGGGAGGCAGAGGAGCUGAAUAAAUAUUUAUUCAUUUUUUAAGUGUAUAUAACGGUAUUAUAUUUUCUCAGUAAAUGAAUUGUUUUUC